CGACGACGCCAGCAGUCGCACGGACCCGUUUCCAACUGUCGUUCGUCCGUCACUGUUGUCGCACCGCUGUCGCGCUUAUCACCACCGUAGUACCACUCGGCAUCUGGUUUCCCUUGUGUGUUAUUCUCAAGUGUUCGUAAUUGAAUGUGCAUUAGUGUUAUCAAUUUUUUCGUGCGAUUAAUUACUGAAAAAUGAUCGCUACCGUCAUUUCGUCACCGGGGUCGUUUGAAUCGUUGCCGCGGUCGUUUUGAAAGAGUGCCCGUCCUAAUAUUGUGUAGAACCGAUGCGAUAAUUGUUAUUAUGCCGCUAUCGUUCAAGAAGAUCUUCUCGCGAAAAUUGCUGUUUAGCCCCACUAAAAUAGUAAUGGGAAACGCAGCGUCGCAUCACGAACCUCUGGACCGUUUGGGUAAUCCAACCGGGUCGUCGUUCCGACGGGCAGCCAGCUGUAGACACAGCAAAGCCAAGAGUGGAAGGUCGCCAUCAAAAAUGGAUCGACUACGGCGUAGUUUUCGUGACAGUUUUAGACGUCGUAAAGACUUAGGAAACACGGGUUCUCCUAGUCACCAUUCUAAUCCUAAACCACAUUUGUGGGCAAUGGACGAAGCUGAAGUACGGGCUGGAAUAUGUUCCUUUCAUGUUAAGUAUUUGGGCUGUGUAGAAGUAUUUGAAUCCAGAGGCAUGGAAGUAUGCGAAGAAGCAUUAAAAACAUUAAGGGCGUCUCGUCGGAGACCAGUAAGGGCAAUAUUUUACAUAUCUGGUGAUGGGUUACGUGUAGUUGAAGAGGAAACUAAGGGUUUGAUAGUUGAUCAAACAAUCGAAAAAGUUUCAUUCUGUGCGCCUGAUCGAAGUCACGAAAAAGGUUUCUCAUAUAUUUGUCGUGAUGGACUUACCCGCCGAUGGAUGUGCCACGGUUUUGUUGCACUUAAAGAAUCGGGCGACCGAUUAAGCCAUGCUGUUGGAUGUGCUUUUCAAGAAUGUUUAAUUAGAAAAAACAAACGGGAAGAAGAAUGCUCUGUCACCAUGAACUAUGAUCCAAAAACAUCAGUUUUUACCAGAACUGGUAGUUUCAGAACACAAUCUUUAACUGAACAACUAUCAGAACCAAGUGUUCCACUUAAUGCGCCCCCUCAACCACCUGCUUUCCUUAUUCAAAAUAAUAAAGACAUUACAUCUUCGAUAAAGCCAUUGCAGCAAAAUAGUACAACACCCAAAGUUGAUACUAAAGCUAUUGAAAGACCUCAUGCAACAUUAUCAAUGUUACAAAGGCAAGGUUCUUUUCGAGGAUUUUCACAACUUAAUCAAGCUUCGCCUUUCAAAAGGCAACUAUCUCUUAGAAUAUCGGAGCUACCUUCAAAUCUAGAAAGAACUAGGUCUAUGAGCCUGCAACCUACUGGCAGCUCACAGAAAACAUCUAAUAAAUUUAUGCCACUUUCCAGUCAAGUAAGUCCUAUUCCCGAAGUGUCACCUCGUAGUGAAAAAUCAAUAACUCCAACUGAUCAAGUCACUGUAAUGUGCCAACAAUUUUCUUUGGAAAUGGCAUUUCUUACAAAUAGCACAGAUAACGAUGAUUUCCCUGAAAAAUUUAAAUUAAAUGAAUUUGAAAAUACACCAAAACAUGGUCCAAUCACUGGGAGUGAAGCUUUUCUUGCAAGUUUACCUAAAAAAUCAUCAAAUUCACUAACUCAGAGUAAUCAAUGUACUCCUAAACUUGAAUGCCGAGUUAGUCCUCAACAAGAUGAAGGUUUUGAUUCUGGUUCCAGUCUAUGGAAUUUGAAUACUAAAGCUGUUACACCACCAACACCACCUGCUACACCUCCAUCUACUUUACCUAGACCAGAACAAUGGCUAGGAAAAGUAGCUGCUGUUACUUUGCAUACAACAGAACCCCAGAUAACUCCUAAAAGACAUGUUACAUUAGCUUCACAUAGUCGUGCGUACUCUUUAGAUACAGCUGAAAACAUGUACCGUACAAAUUUUAAUGGUAUUUCAGCUAAUCCGUUUGAUCCCAAUUAUAUGGCCCCAAAAAAGAACACUAAUCCUUUUUUAAGUAGUCCGUUAACAUCAGGUCAAAGUAAAACUGUAAAAACUUUUGAAGUACAAAUGUGAUAAAAAUUAAAUGUAUGUUUGAAAAGAUGGUUGAAAAUUUUAAGACUACUAGAAAGACGUAAUAAAAUUGGUUUGUUGAAAAUAUCUUUAUAUUUUACUUAGUUGCAAUUAUAAACAAGUACUUAAUUUUUAUAAAAUCUUAAAAACUGGAGAGAUUUAUGUAAUUUUUAAGUGUACUAUAAUUUUAAACGUUCAAAAAUAUCUUAUCAUUACAUUGGUUCAAAGAAAACCAAUUUUUAUAAAUUCCUUAAAUAUGCUAAAAUUUUCAGUAUUAAUAAUUAUGAUUCUUAUUGAUAAAUUUUUUUUUAGUGAAAAUCAGAAUUAACAAUUUUAUACUUGUGUGAACUAUGUUAUACUUAUUUUUUAAUUACAUAUCAGAAAUUUAGUUAACUAAAAUUCACUAUUCUUGAGAAAUUUUCUCUAAAUCUAUUUAUGAUUUUUCAAUAAUGCAACUCUCACAUUAUAAAAUUAGCCAGGAAAAUAAUUUGAUUGACAUAAGUUAACUUUAAAAUGCACAUUUGAUGUACUAUAAGUACCUAACGUGUUUUAUGGUCUCGCAAUUCAUACAUAUCAAUUUUUCAAUUAAUUAUUAAGUUAAAAUUACUGAAAUACAUUAUGUUAAGGGUAUUGACGAAUUUUUAUCCUACCACUAUGUACUUAAUUAUGUUUUAUUUAGUAAACUAUUAGUGAUUAUAAAUAUAAUAUCAGACUUAUAUUAUAAAUUUAAUUUGUACUACAUACCUAUUAGUAUGGCCAAUGUUAUUUAUUUAAUAUGUGGAUUAUUUACAAUGAACAUUUUAUAGUGUUUUAAAUUAAUUUAUUAUUUUAAUUCAAAAAUAUUUCUAGGAAAUGAAGAAUUUGUCAUUUUGCUAUUGUAAAUUCUAAAUUACGUAAAAGCUUGUUUACUCUUCUCUGUUUCUGUUAGAUAAAGUUGUAAUAUUUUUGAUGUAAAAUUGAACCCAGGUAUAUUAAAAUUCUGAAUACUAUUAAAUACUAUUAAAGCAACUUUUAAACUCUUAUUUUAAAUUGCAUGGGUUCAAUUUUUUCUUUAUAUUUUAUUUGAAAUCAAUUAUUCUUUUAAAGGAAACAAAUCUCAAUAGUUUUUUUUUUUUUUUGCACAAUUCAUUGAAAAUAAUAUUCUUCAAAUUAUUCUAAUAGUUAUUAAUAACUGACUUUCUUUUAUUCUUUCGCUUGUGGUUUUAUUGCCGUUUGUACUGUUUUAGACAUAUUCACCUUUCAUUAUAUAUAAGACCUUAUAUAUUUCAUAUGGCUGUCUAGAUAUGAACAAUUAAUGUUUUAAUCAAUUAUAGUUGCGUAUAAUACAUAGUGAUUGUGUGCGUGUUCUGUGAUAUUUGUGUAUUCAAUAGACUGCAUAUUUUUCUAUUGAUACACAUUAAUGUUUAUUUUAUUAUUAAAAUUAUUACUUUCAAUUGUAUUAUAAAUAUUAGCAAUUAUUUUAUAUAUACUGGUCAAAAUAAUGCUGUUUUAUGGAAUGUAUGUAUUAUAACAUUUACUAAAGAGUAAAUUAUGUAUGUAAAAUUAUGUAUUAUUAUGUUAAAAAAUAGUAUUGACAGUUAUUAUUAUUAUUAUUAAAAUAUUUCCUAGUUGUUAAUUUAAAUAUAUCACUUGUUAGCAUAGUUUUUGUAUUAUAUAUAUUUUCUUAUGUAUUAUUUGUAAUCGUAUAUGCCUUUCCACAUUUUUUUGAGCAUAAAAAUAUAGAUAAAAAGGUCAUAAAAUAUAUUCCAGUCAUGUGCCAAUAUUUUAUAUAUUUGGAACACUAUUUUAUUUUAAAUUAUAGCUAUUUUAAUUUUUUUGAAAUCAAUACAAUAUUUAAAGUUAAAUAAUUUAAAAAUACUUUGUAACUUUUGUUACUUUUGUUGACAUUUUUGCUUUCUAUUAGUUCAAUAUUCUCUUCAAACCCGUUUAUUUAUUAAAACUUAAUAAACAGUAUAGCCCCUUUAUAAAUGGCUGAAGUGUAAUUAAAUCAUAAGUACUCUAUCUAUAACUAAAACAUGAAUUUAUACAAACGUCAAAAUAAAAAAUUAGUUGUUACAGUCACUUAAGAAAAUAUAAUUCAUUUUAAUAACUUUAUUUUAUUCAAUUGAUGUUAACAUAGCAAAAAUAAAAUAAAUAUUACAAUUUUUAUUAUUGUCGUUUGUGUAUAGUGCCUCAUUAAUUAAUUAGAAAACUAGACAAUAUGUUAGAUCAAUAAGAACCUUUGUACUUACUAAAAAUGUCACAUAAUAUAUAUAUAUAUAUUAUGUUAUAUAUAAAUAUGAAAAAUAUUUGUUGUUUUUAUGUCAAGUACAUUAAAGGUAUUUAAGCAUAA